ACCGGCCGUUUAUAUGCGGUCGAAGGAAUCCGCCACCAGAGUUUGCCCAAAAAGUUACUUGCCUUCUUGGCCGCUGUCGCUCAUGUCAGAUGCCAAAAAAAAGAAGAAGUUUUCAUCCAAUCAUUUUGCUGAAAAUAUUUUCCAGCCGAAAUGGUGUUUGAGGGGCCAUUUUAUGAUUUUAAAAGAAAAUGUUGACUUUUGUAAAAGGAAUUCGUAAGAAAUUCUAGCCGUGGCAUCCAUGGAUGAUGGGUACCAAGAAGUAACAACUCUCCUUCUCUCCCUGCUCAUCCCUGCUACUGAUUCUUCUACCCAGAUUAUCGUCCGGGACCCAACCCAUCAAUGGCCAUGGAAGUAUCCCUCAGAGAAGCAACCGUGGAUGAUAUCCAGCUCGCUUUCAAGCAAAACCAACUCACCUCCAGGAGACUCGUUGAGUUCUACCUUAAAGAAAUCGACAGGCUAAACCCGAUCCUUAAGGGGGUCUUAGAGGUGAACCCAGACGCACUUAUGCAAGCUGAUAAAGCUGACCACGAGCGUUAUUCUCACGCGCCCAUCUCGCUCUCUUCUCCCUUGCACGGCAUCCCUAUUUUGCUCAAAGAUAACAUUGCAACCAAGGAUAAGCUGAACACCACCGCCGGUUCGUACGCGCUGCUCGGCUCAGGUGUCCCACGGGAUGCGGGCGUGGCGACCAAGUUGAGGAACGCCGGGGCCAUCAUAUUGGGGAAGGCCAGCUUGAGCGAGUGGUCUAAUUUUAGGUCGAACAAUGCUCCCAAUGGUUGGAGCGGCAGAGGUGGGCAAGGAAAGGGUCCUUAUACAAUGGAAGAUCCUUUGGGGUCUAGCAGUGGAUCGGCAAUAUCAGUAGCGGCAAAUAUGGUUGCAGUUGCGGUGGGGACCGAGACUGAUGGCUCUAUUUUGUCUCCGUCCAAUAGAAACUUGGUGGUGGGCAUCAAACCAACAGUCGGUCUCACUAGUCGAGCAGGUGUCAUACCAAUCUCCCCAAGACAGGACAGUGUGGGACCCAUUUGUAGGACAGUAUCAGAUGCCGUUUAUGUUCUUGAUGCCAUUGCAGGCAUCGACUCCAACGACAAUGCAACAAUUGAAACUUCACAGUACAUUCCAGAAGGGGGCUAUGCUCAAUUUCUUAAGGCUGAUGGGCUCCGAGGAAAGAGGCUGGGGAUAGUGAGAGACUUCUACAAUUUCGGCAAUGAUGCUAUUUUGAAUCGAACUGUUGAGCAACAUCUUAACACUUUAAGGGAACGAGGUGCAGUUUUGGUAGACAAUCUGGAAAUAGCCAAUCUUCAUGAAUACUAUACCUCGAGCAGUGAAAAUACAGCAAUGCUGGCUGAGUUCAAAAUAUCCUUGAAUGCAUAUUUGAGUGAGCUAGUGGCUUCCCCAAUUCGUUCCUUGGCUGAUGCGAUUGCAUUCAACAAGAAAAAUGCAAAAUUGGAGAAGAUAGAUGAAUAUGGGCAAGACCUUUUCAUUCAAGCCCAGGCAACAAAUGGGAUUGGAAAGGCAGAGAAGGCUGCGCUGGCAAAUUUAACUAGAUUGACUAAAGAUGGUUUCCUCAAGUUGAUGAUAAAGAAAAAGCUAGACGCCUUGGUGACUCCUGGAAAUAGGGUUUCUACUAUCCUCGCAGUUGGGGGUUUUCCAGGAAUAAUUGUUCCUGCAGGAUUUGACUCUGAGGGGACUCCAUUCGGCAUUUGCUUUGAAGGAGUAAAAGGUUCGGAGCCAAACCUAAUUGAGAUUGCAUAUGGCUUUGAGCAAGCCACUAAGAUAAGGAAGCCUCCUAAAAUUGCAGUUUAAGGCACUUGUACUGUAACAGCAUCUAUUCUCUAAGUUUUUUGACUUCUAUUGAUAUCUACAAAUCAUGGACCUACAUGUGUAAGGAAGCUGGUAUGUGUAUAUGCUUGCUGCAAAAAUAAGAAUAAUAUUAACCUUACCUUAUGUUUA